UCGAGUGAGUACACAUUGUAAUUAGUUAGUGGUCGACCCGACGAUUGCCCAGACGGUAGGAUUUAUGUACGUGCAACUUCAAUUGGAUGAAUAGUAAAACAAAAGGGUGGAUUUGUCUCGAUUUCAUCAAGUGUGAUUACCUGGUUUGAGAGUAAUCAUGCGUUCAAGGCAAGAAUGAUUAAAAUGGACCCGUUGUCAGUACUUCCCCUUCUGAUGAUGUGGACGGCAUUAACCACUAACGGGAUGAAAAACAUUGGACAAGACGCAUUGCAGUGCAAUCCGUGUAUAUGCCAGAAUGUCAGUGAUACGAUUGUCGCUACGUGUGCGAACGUGUUCUUGGAAUCCAUUCCUGGGAAUAUUCCUGAUAACAUUACCCAACUCAUUCUCCGAAGUAAUGAUUUAACACAUCUUACAGAUGGGAUGUUCAGUCGCUUUGGAAUUUUGCAGGUACUCGACAUUUUCAUGAACAAAUUGGAACACAUCUCUUUCAAUGCAUUCCUUGGUCUUGGACAUUUGGUACAAUUAAAUCUGUCAGAGAACGCUAUCAAAAACAUUAACCCAGAUAUAUUUGCACCUUUGACAAGUCUCUCAGUCCUCGAUAUAUCUAACAACAGAGACAUCGGACUAACCGGUAUUGGUAACAUCACUUUGGGUGUACAGAAUUUACCAUUACGGAAACUCUUCAUGAAUCGCGUCGUUGCGGAACAUGCAGUGUGUGUAAUCAUAAAAACUGAAUUCAUACAAAAUCUACAAGAUACGUUUCUGGAGGAAUUUCAUGCUGACCAGAACUCCAUUGAACUCUUUGGGAACGAAGCUUUGGUGUAUUUCCCGAAAUCACUUAGGAAAGUAUCACUGAAGGAAAACAAAUUUACCUUUGGCAAGUAUUUAGCAUAUAUUACCAGUUUAACAGGUCUAGAAUACGUUGACUUGAGUGGGUUGCCCCAUGCUCACGAACUACCAUCUCUCGAUGGUCUCGAAUGGUUCACAAAUGAGAUGCAAGACUGUGAAUCUGAUAGUGAUUGUGACACAAGUCGAGUCAUCUCGUCAACCAACUAUGCCACUAACUAUGCCAAUAUAUUUCCUCUGCACCUAAUUGCCAGGGGUGACGGGAAGAUAACCAUUCCUAUUCCCGUUCCUCCAAAACUAAAGAAACUCAUUUAUGCCUAUUCCCAGCUACCCUUCCACAUUGGUAAGCUCGCAUUUUCCACUAACACGUUGGAACAUGUAGAUAUGUCUUCCAACAUCUUAUCAACUUGGUCUGGUCCUGUUACUGGGCUAGAGAAUAUCACAUUCUUGAAUCUUAAUAAUAAUGUAGCUAAAGUAAUAUCUCCAGACUUUUUUCAUACAUUCCCGAAUCUUCUAACUCUCAAUGUAUCUUAUAACUUCAUGGGUAAUGUGCUGUACAACGACAGUAAUGGCACUGUUUUUCUGAACCAAAACAGACUCCAAGUACUGGACCUGCGAUCAAAUUUUAUCCCUAAUCUCAUGAAGAAUGUAUUUAAAAGUCUCCAUUCCAUCAGAGUGCUAAACUUAGAAGGCAAUUUCAUACAUCCGAAUUUAGAUGUAGAACUCGUACAAAUGACCAACCUUGAGAGUCUUAUUCUCCGCUCUAAUCAAAUACGGUGGCUUCCGUUGCAUGUCAGACAAUCACUGAGUAAACUGGCUUCGAAACGCAAGACAAACAAAUUAGAGGUUGAUUUGUCCCAGAACCCCAUAGCCUGUACAUGCUACAAUUCAGACUUUCUCAAAUGGAUGUUGACACCCCAAAUCAACUUUGGUAACCUAAGCAACUACUAUUGCCUCUACAGUAGUGGAACUUUACGUCCGCUGGACGAUUUGGAGUCAGUCUACACAGAAUUAGAAAAAUCUUGUCAUAACUAUUUUGGUAUUUAUCUUGGUGUCGUAUCGUUGUUUGUACUAACUGCGUCUUUGAUAGUCUGUAGCAUUGGGUAUCGGUACCGCUGGAAACUACGGUAUUGGUAUUAUGCUGCAAGGCUGCGGUACAGCAACACAACUGAAUCAGUAAACGAUCCAUUAUUUGAAUUCGAUGUUUUUGUGUCCUUCGAUGACGACGAUCGCGACUUUGUGGUAAAUGAUCUCAUAAUGAAGUUGGAAGUAGAGGCAGGCUUAAGACUGAACAUACACCAAAGAAACUUCAGGCCAGGUCGUCCGAUUGCCGCCAAUAUCAUGGAAGCCGUGAAAAGGAGCAAGAGAACAUUGUUCGUGUUAUCUCGUGGAUCUCUGCAGAGCUAUUGGUGUACCUAUGAAUUUCAAAUGGCCAACAUGGAGAGUGUUACCACUGGUCGGGAUGUGUUGAUGAUCAUCAUGUAUGAACAGAUACCAACAAGAGACAUUCCUGCUGAAAUCCUGUAUCAUAUGCAGACUGACUCCUACAUCGAAUAUCCCAAUGAAGGAGAUACAGAUGUCUUCUGGAGAACCCUAGUUGAAUCACUGAAUAAGUAACAUAAGGCAAGGUGACUAUGCUUGUCGUAAGAGGCGACUAACGGGAUCGGUGGUCAGGCUCGCUGACUUGAUUGAUGCAUGUCAUCGUAUCCCAAUUGCGUGGAUCGAUGCUUGUGAUGUCCAUCACUGGAUUGUUUGGUCCGGACUCGAUAAUUUACAUACCGCCGUCACAUAGCUGGAAUAUUGCUGCAUUAAACAACACACAAACAAACAAACACAGCUCCGGGUACAGAUAGCCAUGUCUUUAAACCCCUUAUAUACGUAGAUAUGUGCGGAUUAUAUACGUAGAUAUGUGCGGAUUAUAUGUGUAGAUAUGAGCGGAUUAUAUGUGUAUAUAUGAGCGGCUUAUAUGUGUAGAUAUGAGCGGAUUAUAUGUGUAGAUAUGAGCGGAUUAUAUGUGUAGAUAUGAGCGGAUUAUAUACAUAGAUAUGUGCGGAUUAUAUGUGUAGAUAUGUUCGGAUUAUAUACGUAGAUAUGUUCGGAUUAUAUGUGUAGAUAUGUUCGGAUUAUAUACGUAGAUAUGUUUGGAUUAUAUGUGUAGAUAUGUUCCGAUUAUAUGUGUAGAUAUGUUCCGAUUAUAUGUGUAGACACGUUCGGAUUAUAUACGUAGAAAGGUGCGGAUUAUAUACACAGGCAUUUGCGGAUUAUAUUUGUAGAUAUGCAUGGAUUAUAUAUGUAGAUAUGUACGGACCACACACACACACACACACACACACACACACACACACACACACACACACACACAAACAGACAAAACAAUUUUCACCACACACUAUAAUUUGACCGUGUAAUCCUCAAGGCAUGAAGCGUUACAUAUCCGCAUUGAAGUGUGUGACAAUGCCACAAUAUUUCUUGCGGAUCUAUAUUAACAACAUGUUCGCGGUGUUUUAAUUUCCUGUUUCAGAAUCAGCUUUGUUCUGCUGUUGUUUCUCUAGAUCUCUCUCUCCAAUUCAUAUUCAGUACACAUUGUUGUAUUUGCGCUUGGAAAUAAAACAAAUUCUAU